UUUGACAAUUUAAUAUUUUAAUAAAAUUCUCUGAAAACAAUAUUUUAGGAGUUCGUAAUAUUAUUGCAAAACUAAUUAAAUGUACAAGUUAUUGUAGCUCUAAAAUUAAUAGGCAAGACUGUUAUCUGUGACUUAAAUGGGAAUGAAUUAUAUUUGAAAUAAUCCAUCUUGAAAAUGAAGAAAUAUCAAAUUUUUCUUGCAAUUUAUUUUGCGUUAUGGACAAAUGUUACAACAGAAUUACUACAGAAUGCUAGUGUGGCAAGUGAUGUAAAGUCAAUAUUAUCAAGUAAUAAUGUAACGCCGACAACAACUCAUAUUAAUACUUCUCAAAUUGGAAAUGUUACAACGACAAAACCUAUAAAUCCAUUACUGAAUAAAACUGAUAGUGUGGCCCCAGGAAAUCAACAACCUAAUAACUCAUUUGUUUCAUCCACUGUUCCAACAAUAUCGUUACGGAAGAUUGAACUCAAAGCAAUUGAUUUUAAUGGCACAAUAAACAAUUCAGAAAAAAAGAAUGGAACGGUUAAUGUAACAUCCACGACACAAUCUGUAGAUCCAGUUUUACCAGAUAAAGGUGCAGCUGAAGAUGAACAUAAUAGCUCCAUGGCUAUAUUUUUUGUCUUAUGUGUAUUGGCAAUAGGAAUAUUACUUAUCCACGUUAUGUUGCAAACUGGUUUCCAAUAUGUUCCAGAAAGUAUUGUUAUAGUAUUUUUAGGCGCUCUCAUUGGAUUUGCUAUGAGUGCUUUAUCCAAAAGAAAUAUUAGUAAUUGGAGAAAAGAAGAGGCGUUCUCACCCACAGCAUUUUUCUUGAUUUUACUUCCCCCAAUAAUUUUUGAGUCUGGUUAUAAUUUACAUAAAGGCAAUUUCUUUCAAAAUAUAGGUUCAAUAUUAGUAUUUGCUAUUUUAGGGACAACUAUAUCAGCUUUUGUGAUAGGAUUUGGUAUUUACUUUCUAGGUCUGGCACAAGUAGUUUAUAAGUUAAGCUUUGUGGAGUCUUUUGCUUUUGGAUCUCUUAUAUCAGCUGUUGAUCCAGUUGCCACUGUUGCUAUAUUUCAUGCUUUAAAUGUAGAUCCAAUUUUAAAUAUGUUAGUGUUUGGAGAAAGCAUCUUGAAUGAUGCUAUUGCAAUUGUUCUUACUACAGCAGCUUUAGAAUCAAAUAAUCCUUUAAUGAGCACUGGAGAAGCUAUAGUAAUAGGCAUUCAGAGAUUUUGUUUGAUGUUCUUUGCAUCUGCUGGGAUUGGGGUAGUUUUUGCUCUAGUAAGUGCUUUACUGUUGAAGCAUGUAGAUUUGCGGAAAAAUCCGUCCUUAGAAUUUGGAAUGAUGUUAGUUUUUACAUAUGCUCCGUAUGUAUUAGCUGAAGGUAUUCAUCUUUCUGGCAUUAUGGCCAUAUUAUUUUGUGGAAUAGUUAUGUCCCACUACACUCAUUUUAAUUUAUCAACAGUCACUCAAAUUACAAUGCAACAAACUCUUCGAACUUUAGCAUUUAUUGCAGAGACAUGUGUGUUUGCCUAUUUAGGACUAGCCUUGUUUAGUUUCAAACAUAGGGUUGAACCAGCUUUAGUAGUAUGGAGUAUCAUCCUUUGUCUUAUUGGAAGAGCCUGUAAUAUAUUUCCACUAGCCAUUUUAGUCAAUAGAUUUAGGGAACACCAAAUUACUCGAAAAAUGAUGUUUAUUAUGUGGUUCAGUGGAUUAAGAGGCGCCAUUUCUUAUGCACUCUCACUUCACUUAAACUUUAGUGAUGAAACAAGACACGUUAUCAUAACAACGACCCUAAUCAUUGUUCUGGUGACCACUUUGUUCUUUGGAGGUUCUACGAUGCCACUAUUAAAGUUCAUGCAAGCAACAAAAAAUCCUUCAAGGAGGAUAAAGAAAAGGAGGAAAGACAGAGAAGUGACAUUAAGUAAAACUAGGGAAUGGGGCCAAACACUUGAUUCUGAACAUCUUUCUGAAACAACAGAAGGUGAAAUGGAAGUAUCUUUUGUUUCAGAUAGAAUAAAAGGAUUUGCUAAAUAUGAUCUUAAAUAUCUGAUACCAUUCUUCACAAGAAGAUUUACACAACAGGAGCUGAAGGAUUGUAAGAGCCAAAUGACUGAUCUUACCAAUCAAUGGUAUCAAGCUAUUAGGAUAUCACCUGAUCAAUCAGAUGAAGAGACUGGAACAACUGGUAGGUCAAGUAUAUCCAGUAUAGUUCGCUGACUACCCUUAAGUCGAUCUGCUGAAACACUUAUCAAAUUGUCAACCCACAAACAGUGUUAACAGAAUUAACUAUUAUUUUUAAUGUCGGAUUCUAUUUUUCUUCAUAUUUAUUAAUGUAAAAAUUUCAGUAUUAAAAAUACAAACAAUUUUGUUAAAUAUUCUUAAAGAAUAAUGAAUGCACAUUUUUUAUGAAAAAGUGGAAUGAAUAUUUUUUAAAUCUAACAGGAUAAAGCAUAUGCACUUUCUUAUUAUAGGUAUGAAUCUUGUUUAUAGAAAAUAUUCUCAGAGAUAUAUGUAUUAUCUUUAUGAGAAUUUUUUUAAAAUGUAUAGGUAUUUAUGAACUGUAAAUAGAAGUUUUGUGAUAUGGCCGGCCAUUUUAAUGUAUUAAAGUUUUAAAGGAAAGGGAGGCACAAAAUAAUUUAUACCUAUAACUUAUAUAUACUCUCAAAUGUUUUUGUUCCUAAAUUUAUGAAGUAUUAAUUGAUUUUGCAAAUAUUUCUGUAUAAUGUUUGGUUUUAAUGUUAAGUAAAUUGUAAUCUAUUGAUUGAGAGAAUUACACCGCUACUUAUUAGGUGAAUAAAUACGGAUUGUUGUGAUAAAAAAGUAUUUUAAUUCAUAUAAGUGUUAAUAAUUUGCUGUUACGUUUGUUAUCAUCGCUUGUACGUAUAUUUAAAUAAAUUAUCUUAGCAA